CGAAAAAGGAAAAAAUUGCAUGCAGUCGGUCGGGAAAAACGGUCCACAGCACAGUAAACGGGUUUCUUUGCUGAUGCAACCAUGCGGAAACAACGUAAAGUCCCACCAUCCCCUGCAAAGCCAGGACGUGCCCUUCAACAUCUUAAGGAAUUGUAUAGUCCUGCCCCGUCUGAGCGAGAAGACUUGAAGAUCGGACAUGUGCUCCUUUUGUUUUGUGAUCAUGAGAAGUCAGUUGUGAAGACCAUCCGUGCUCUCGUUGAACUACUUCCAGCAGCAACAUGCACGACUGCCAAUCUUUUGAAACCAAUUCUUAAAAAAUUUGAAUCAUGCAAGAAUCUAGGAAGAGAGACCGAUAAAGUUAAAUUUGUGAAACUCUGUGACGAACCAUUCACUGCCUUUGCAUCUCCUGAGCAGCUAAUAACAAAGAAAAGAACCCCAAAACCUCGGAAACCAGAUCCUGAACUGGCAGUGCAAGAUGAAAGCUUUGAAUCUGGACCUUCCAGCCAACAGACAACAGACUCUUCUCCAGGACAUUCAGGCGUUUCAGAACCUUUGCCAAGACUCAGACGUGGUAAACUUACGCCUCAAGAAUUUAAGUUGAAGAAAAGAGUAAAUUUUGUGAUGCACAGAUGGGUCACAGAAAAGAAGAGAUAUCAGAAACGGUUCAAAGAAUUACGAGAGAAAGUGGAUAUUCAGAAAGUAAAUAAGAUUAAGUAUCUCAAACAAGAUAUCAAAAGAAAACAAGACUCCAUGAAGCAAAAAGAUGCAAAGAUAAAGCUGCUAAUGAAACGGGUCAAGGAGUUGGAAAAAUUGCAGCAAAAACCUGCUUUGCAUUCUGACCCUGAUCAAAGCAUAGAGACUUUGAAAAAACUGAACCGUAGCCAUAAGUGCCUGAAACUAUCCAACAAGAACAAACGCAAGAAAGUUACAACUGAAUUUGUACCAAAGAAAAAGUAUAUGAAGGUGAAGGCAGAACUCAAAAUAACAGAUGAACUGAUCAAUCAACGCAAACAAGAAAUUUGUGAACUUAAAGAGAAAUUAGCUGAGAUAGAGAAGGAGAACAAAACAAGAGCAGAUUGCGAAACAUACAGCGUUGAAGCACGCACGGCUGUAUAUGUAAACCACGAACCAGUACAAAUGCAAAAUGUCCCAACAUUGAUUCAGAGUUCAGCGAAACAAGGCGAAUCAGUGGCCCCUAUACAUCACAUAGAACAAUUGUAAGCAGAUGGCAAGGGUGCUUGAAAGCAUCGCAGACCUAGGGAUGAAAACUAAAGUUGGUGACGAAAACUGGCAGUCUUACACUUGGCUUCGCUGCAACAAAACAGGAAGGUUCAUGUAUUCAUGUGCGACACAAAAAUACUGAAGUGUUAUUGCAGUAGAUGAAUUGCAAGUGGAGGCACUGACUGCCAAUGACUAUUUUCAAUAAUCGCAUCAACUUUUCAGUACAGUAUAUUACAUAAUUGUUUCUAAACAUUACCCUGUGUUUGCCAAAGGUUGAGUCGGGGUCGUCGGCCCAGUGUUCUUCACGGUUAUUAUCAAUUUUUUGUUAUUGUUUUUUGGUUUUUUUUGCUUUCCCUGAAAAGCAUUUGGAAAAUAAAUAUUGUAAAUAAAACUUUCAUUCCUAGUUUUGCAUAAAUACACCCACUUUCCCAUUGUCAAUUACAUCGAUACAAGCCCUAUGGGUUUCUAGAUGGCUCACCGCUCAAUGUGUUUAUUUUCUUCAAAGCCAAUGUCUUAUGACUGGUUGUUUGCUUGAGUGGAAAUAAAUAAAUAAACAAAUAAACCAAAAAUUACAUGUAUGUAUUUGGCUGAGACUUACUCCGAUUUCCAGGACUACCGAAAUAUUUUCCUUCCAAAGUUAUGUCAAACAUUAUAGUAAUACCAUGAAUGACAGGGUAGCAGUAAACCAUAAAGAAGUUGGAUGAGUAUUUGGAUAAGACUCUUCAUGAACCAAAUUGUCCUUAACACCCUUUAGACACAAUCGAUAAGAAGGUUACAGACUUCUGCGUUAAAUGGUUGAAAAAUGGGCCUGAGCAGUCGUAAUUCAAAUCAUAUACCCUAAGGUAUAGUUUACCAUUAAAUAAAUUGCCAAAAUUAUUUCAAAUUCGAUGAAACUAAAAUUGCCAUAACUUUGUGUUUGUAUAUGGUCAUAAAAUGGAGUUCUUUGUAUAAUUGGAAAGGUAUUUUACAGGGUUUGAUACUUUUUUUUAACAAGAUUAAGGAAUUAACAUCUUAUUGAAUAACAGAGUGUUUUCUUUUACUUACUUGUUUACAUUCUUGUGGUUUUUUUAUUCUUUGCCGGGCCUACUUUUAAUUAUAUGCUUACUUUUGUGUAAAGCGAUUUGAGGCUCUCGGUAAAGCGCUAUAUAAGUGUAUUUUGCUUUUUAUUACUAAACUUACAUGCUUUUUUAAAACUUUUAAAAUGUGUAAUGUCUAUUUUCACUUGGUUAAAUAAGUUUAGGGGUCAUUAAGCGUGAAAAGGUUUCAACCGAUUUCAACUUUUGGUUUUGAGUUCAACCCAAACAAGAUCUUGGGUUUUUUUUUUAUGUUUUCAGUUAUGAGUUGUUGUCGAUUAAAGAGUUG